GCCCCGGCGGAGCGAGCGUGGAGCCGGCGAGCCGGGAGCACAGGCGGCCGCGCCGCGUCCUGGCCGGGCCCGGGCCCGCGCGCUCCGCAUCGCCUGCAGCCCGGGCAUCCGGACCUCCCCGGCGCCCGGGGGGCGCCGGCAGGCGGGGGGAGGGGAGGGGGCCUGCGCGCGACGGCGGGUGCGCUCCCGGGGACGUCGCUGCUAGGCCUGGAGCGGGCCGGGGGCGACGGAGGCAGGAGGACCCCCCCCCCGUCCGCCCGGACGCCCGGCUCGGCCGCCGGCGACGCGCGGCGCUCCUGGGUAUUUGCAACUCGCCGGAUCAAGUCUUCGCCAGCGGGGCCGCUGCUGCCGGGAAGCUGCUGCUGGCGGCCACAGGCAGGCACUGGGGCCCCGGACGUUAGGAGCUGCCCCUGCCCACUCAGUCACCUGAAGCCGUCUCCUCCUCCUGUCCUCGCUUGAAGGCCCUGCCCCCGGCCCCGGCCCGCUCCGCUCGCUGCCGGACCCUGGCAUGUCAAGGCCUGGCUCGCGCCUGCCUGCCCAGCCGGCGGAACCCUGGCGGCCCCGCGAGCUAGGAUGAGGGGCCAGGCCGCCGCCCCAGGCGCCCUCUGGAUCCUCGGGCCACUGCUGCUGCUGCUGGGGCACCAGGCGGGCACGGCCGCGGGGACAGACGCAGGGCCCGGGGCCGAGUCGUGCGCCACGCUGGUGCAGGGCAAGUUCUUCGGGUACUUCUCGGCAGCCGCCGUGUUCCCGGCCAACGCCUCGCGCUGCUCCUGGACCCUGCGCAACCCAGACCCGCGCCGCUACACGCUCUACGUGAAAGUGGCCAAGGCGCCCUCCUGCAGCGGCCCCACCCGCGUCCGCACCUACCAGUUCGACUCCUUCCUGGAGUCCACACGCACCUACCUGGGCGUGGAGAGCUUCGACGAGGUGCUGAGGCUCUGCGACCCCUCGGCACCCCUGGCCUUCCUGCAGGCCAGCAAGCAGUUUCUACAGAUGCAGCGGCAGCGGCCGCCCCAGGACGACGGCCCCGCGCCCCAGGACGGGCCCCCCGGUCCCAGCGACGACUUCUCUGUGGAGUACCUGGUCGUGGGCAACCGCAACCCCAGCCGGGCCGCCUGCCAGAUGCUGUGCCGCUGGCUGGAUGCCUGUCUGGCUGGCAGCCGCAGCUCACACCCCUGUGGCAUCAUGCAGACCCCCUGUGCCUGCCUGGGCGGGGACACCGGCGACCCUGCCUCCGGCUCCCUGGUGCCUCGCGGGGAUGUCUGCCUGAGGGACGGCAUGGCUGGUGGCCCCGAGAACUGCCUCACCAGCCUGACCCAGGACCGGGGCGGGGAUGGCGCUCCAGGCGGCUGGAAGCUGUGGUCCCUGUGGGGCGAGUGCACGCGGGACUGCGGGGGAGGCCUGCAGACGCGGACGCGCACCUGCCUGCCCGCACCGGGCAUUGAAGGCGGCGGCUGCGAGGGGGUGCUGGAGGAGGGCCGCCUGUGCAACCGCAAGGCCUGCGGCCCCGCCGGGCGCACCAACUCCCGGAGCCAGUCCCUGCGGUCCACGGAUGCCCGGCGGCGCGAGGAGCUGGGCGACGAGCUGCAGCAGUUUGGGUUUCCUGCCCCGCAGACAGGUGACCCCGCGGCCGAGGAGUGGUCCCCGUGGAGCGUGUGCUCCAGCACCUGCGGUGAGGGCUGGCAGACUCGCACGCGCUUCUGUGUGUCGUCCUCCUACAGCACGCAGUGCAGCGGGCCUCUGCGGGAGCAGCGGCUGUGCAACAACUCCGCUGUGUGUCCAGUGCAUGGCGCCUGGGACGAGUGGUCGCCUUGGAGCCUGUGCUCCAGCACUUGCGGCCGCGGCUUCCGGGACCGCACGCGCACCUGCAGGCCACCCCAGUUUGGAGGCAACCCCUGUGAGGGCCCGGAGAAGCAAACCAAGUUCUGCAACAUCGCUCUGUGCCCUGGCCGGGCAGUGGAUGGAAACUGGAAUGAGUGGUCAAGCUGGAGCUCGUGCUCCGCCAGCUGCUCUCAGGGCCGGCAGCAGCGCACGCGCGAGUGCAACGGGCCUUCGUACGGGGGCGCCGAGUGCCAGGGCCACUGGGUGGAAACGCGAGACUGCUUCCUGCAGCAGUGUCCAGUGGAUGGGAAGUGGCAGGCCUGGACGUCGUGGGGCGGCUGCAGCGUCACAUGUGGAGGUGGCACACAGCGGCGGGAGCGCGCCUGCUUGGGGCCCUUCUUCGGGGGAGCAGCCUGCCGGGGCCCACAAGAUGAAUACCGGCAGUGCAGUGCCCAGCGGUGUCCCGAGCCCCAUGAGAUCUGUGCUGAGGACAGCUUGGGUGCUGUGAUCUGGAAGGAGACCCCGGCGGGAGAGGUGGCUGCAGUGCGGUGUCCUCGCAACGCCACAGGCCUCAUCCUGCGGCGCUGUGAGCUGGACGAGGAGGGCGUCGCCGACUGGGAGCCCCCCACCUACAUCCGCUGUGUUUCCAUCGACUACCGAAACAUCCAGAUGAUGACCCGGGAGCACCUGGCAAAGGCCCAGCGCGGGCUGCCCGGAGAGGGGGUCUCCGAGGUCAUCCAGACACUGGUAGAGAUCUCCCAGGACGGGACCAGCUACAGCGGGGACCUGCUCUCCACCAUCGAUGUCCUGAGGAACAUGACAGAGAUCUUCCGGAGGGCGUACUACAGCCCCACCCCGGGGGAUGUACAGAACUUUGUCCAGAUCAUCAGCAACCUGCUGGCGGAGGAGAACCGGGACAAGUGGGAGGAGGCCCAGCUGAUGGGCCCCAACGCCAAGGAGCUGUUCCGGCUGGUGGAGGACUUCGUGGACGUCAUCGGCUUCCGCAUGAAGGACUUGCGGGACGCGUACCAGGUGACAGACAACCUGGUCCUCAGCAUCCAUAAGCUCCCGGCCAGUGGAGCCACGGACAUCAGCUUCCCUAUGAAGGGCUGGCGGGCCACGGGCGACUGGGCCAAGGUGCCAGAGGACAGGGUCACUGUAUCCAAGAGCGUCUUCUCCACGGGGCUGGCAGAGGCUGAUGACUCGUCCGUGUUCGUGGUGGGCACCGUGCUCUACAGAAACCUGGGCAGCUUCCUGGCGCUGCAGAGGAACACGACCGUCCUGAACUCCAAGGUCAUCUCGGUGACCGUGAAGCCCCCUCCCCGCUCCCUGCUCACACCCCUGGAGAUCGAGUUCGCCCACAUGUACAACGGCACCACCAACCAGACCUGUAUCCUGUGGGAUGAGACGGAUGUGUAAGUUCAUCUGGGCUUUGUGACCUCGGGCCCGACUUGGUGGGCGGAUGGGGGAGGAGGCUGACCCAGUAGGGGAGGGACACGGGCUCAGGUUCAGGGCUUCCGACCGUCCCCCCGACCCGUCUGUCAAGCACGGUCUCUCCCCGCCUAGUUCAGGCUCUGAGGCAGCAGGGGGCCCACCCAGCCGGCCCCACUCUCCUCCCAGGGAAGUCCACGGUCAGGGGUCCCAAGCGGUGUGGGAGUCCCCCGGACCAGGAGCGCCGCCACUGACUGGGGCAGCUGGGUGACACCCAGAGGGGUCAGAGAGGAAGUAGAGGCGGGGGCUUCUGGGGUCCCGGGCCAGCGCUGCAGUGCGGCAAGUACAGGUGGGCGCGGGGCAUUGGUCUGGACUGGCUGGGCUGUGAUUCGGGGUCACGGGGCCGUGUGGGCACCCAGAGCAGGGUGUCCUCCCAGACGCGAGGAGGCGAAGGGAAAGGUGGGUGGGGUCUCGUGUAGUCACAGGGAAGAGUUUGUGCAAAGGCCCUAAAGUGGGGGCGGCCCUCAGAGGUGAGGAGGGUCAGAAUCUGGGGAGACCGGGCAGGAGAGAGCUUAACGUCUGGCUCCUGAUGGGCCAGGUGGCCCUGGGGAGGCCUGGGCCUUCCCCCCAAGGGGUAGUCAGAGAGCUGCGUGUCAUUGUUACCACCCGCUUCCCUCAGCCCUGGCCAGCACCCGGGCCAGGGGGUACAUGCGGCGAGUCCCUCGUACGAUGGGCAGUGCAGUGACGGAGGUGCGUCCCGGAAGGUCAGGGGGGGCUCCCGGAGUGGCUGACACUCAAGGAGGACACUUUUCCCUGCAGAGAACGUGAGGGAGGGGUCUCGGGCAGAAGCACAGUUUGAGCAGAAGUGUGGAGGUCGGAAGGUACAGGGGGAACAUGGGGCGUGGCCAGGAAGAACAGGCAGCUAGAGAGGUGCAGGGCUGCAGGGAGGCUGCAAGGGCCAUGGGGCCAGUUUGUAGGGGCAGUGUGUCAGGA